AUGACUCAAACAAUAUGUGGUGAAGUUGGAGCCAACAACGGUCAUGAUCAAGUUGAUAUCACAGACCAUGAUAUUGAGGAGCUGCUUUUUGAGGCGGAAGGCCGACUACGUGCUCAAGAUGUGAAUUCCACUAAUCGCCCUGAUACCAGAGAGGUAUCUGGCAAUCAGCCUCAGCACACCUUGUUAAGGUUAUGCUCAGAUCGUUCUCUGCAGCCUUACCUCCUACAGAAGGAUGAUUUUACAACGAUCGAUACCACACGCGUCCUGAAGAACGCGCAGGAUGCACAUGAUGGUCUUGGCUACAAGGAGCCCAAACAACCGAAAGUGAAAAAGGAUAAACCUACAGCUGGCAGCAACUGGUUCGACCUUCCCCAGACAGAAUUGACACCAGAAUUCAAAAGGGAUUUACAACUUCUCAGAAUGCGAUCGGUAUUAGAUCCUAAAAGACACUACAAGAAAGAAAAUGGAAAAGCACAGCCGCCUAAGUAUUCUCAAGUGGGAACCAUUAUUGAAGGUCCAACUGAGUUCUUCAGUGGUCGCAUUGCCAAGAAAGAUCGCAAGAGGACUUUCGUGGAAGAAGUACUAGACCAAGAGCGACACAACAGGCGGUUUGAGUCUAAAUACAGAGAAAUACAGACCAGCAAGCAGAGCGGCAAGAAAUCCUUUUACAAGCAUCUGCAAGCCAAGAGAAGCUCAAAAGGCAAGUGA